GAAAAACUUUCAUAAUACUUCUAUAGAAGUUUUUUCCGAGAAGUCUUCUAUAAAAAGUUAAAUUUCUGACAAACUUCGGUCAAUUGCAAAACUAACAUAUUUAUCCGAGAAGUCUUCUCUGGGAUUUUCAGGUUUUUUUUCUUAAUAAAGCAAAGUUAGAAAACUUCUAGGAAAGUUUUCUUGAUGUAGAGCACAUCUGGUGAAGUCUUCUGAAAGUCUUCGCGAACAGAUAUGGGAAAAAAAUGAUUUCAUACUUUGAGCCGGUGAGAUUACUUGGUUUGCUUCUCCAAGCACCCAGAACUUUACUACAAAAGCUACUAAGUCGUUAAUGACCACGAAUCAUGAGCUUCAAUGUCUCUAUAAACCUUACAAAGCUUAGAAUCAAAAUCUUAGUUUUUUGAAUGAAUUUAAAGAGAUAGUGAAAGAUAUGUGAUUUGUGUGCAUAAUUAAUGAGAUAUGAAGAGUAAAAAUCGAAACUUUGGUGCAUUAAGAACUUCAAAUUGGUUGUUCAGGGUGGUUAGUAUAUUGACGACAAUGUCAAUAUUGUAAAUACUUGGUGAAGAUGAGGAUGAUAAGGUAAAAGAAUUAUUUUCAAGAAAAGAAACGAAAAAAAUGUAAUUUCAUUUUCGUGAAUUUCACGAACUUUUAGGAUGAAUAGGGAAAAAAAUUCAAAAAGAAAAUGAGUUAUUUUUGUGUUUGACUUGAAAUUUUUGGUCAUAUUUGAAAAAAAAAAACCUUAACUAAUAGUUUAUUAAUCCUUCUAUAAUUCAUAACAUUAAAUAAUAUUUAUAAUAGUUUGUAAUAACAUAAUAAUUUAACGUUAAAAAAUUGCUAAAUAUAUUUCAAUUUAAAAAAAAAAUCUAUUAUGAAUAAUAUAAAUUAUAUUGAAAAUUUCUCAUUCCCGAUAAUAUAGAUGUCAAAUAUUUCCGUUACAUGGAUUUAGGAAAUCUCCAAAUAAAUAUAUAAAAAAGUUUGUAGAUAAAUAUUCACUAAAUAAGUUAAAUAUACCUUAGCUAAAAAAAACUAAAUUUAAAUAUGCAUGAUGGAGACCAAUUGCCUUGGAAUAAUUGACCCAGGCUCAUAUUUUUUUUCUAGUGUAGUACUUGAACCUAAUUUUUCUAUAUACUUCACAUAUAUUCCUUUAUAACAAAUAAAAUAUCAUAGCAUAUACUACCCCUUUGAUAUAUACCGAAAAAUAUAGUUUUCGUGUUGAAACAGUUGCUUUCUAUAAUAGAAGUUAAAAAUGAUAUGUGGACAAAAAAAGUUAAAAACGAUAUUCUGUCAUUAAAUAAAACAAAAGAAAAAGAAAAAUUAUUUUUUGUAUUAAAAAAAAGAAGAGCAUCUCUUGUACGAGAAAUGUGGUGAUUGCGUGAGAAUGUGUGCAUGGACACUCGAGGGAUCACAUGGUUCAAUUUUGAUACUUUUAUCAGCUAGAGAAGACGAACAUGCAUGACAUCUUUCUCGACAAGUUGAAUGUUCACUAUAUAUUAAAUUACAUAAUUAUUCGAACUGCAUAGGGUUAUUAAACAUUAUAUAGUGAACUGAUCAUUUAUAUAUUUUGAAGAUAACAACCUAUUUAAUCAGUUGGGUCUUGUGUGACAACUAACAAGAACUUGCAGCGCAUAAAUUUAUACUAAGGUCGCCGACACCCGAAACUAUAUAUGAAUAUUAAUGUAAGUUAUAGACUAUUUUGCGUGAAACAGAAAAAAAAACCGUGUGUAAUCAUCACGUAACUAAUUGUUCUAUAUAUGGACUGGGCUGUGAUAUAAUUAUACAUUUUGGACUAUAUUUAGAUCCACGACAAAUUACUUUUUUCUGUUGGAAGGGCAUCUAAAAAUUAUUUUUAAUUGCCACCUAGGUACUACCAAAAAGAACAGAUUUAUUAUUUUCUUGUAUGCUUUAAUAGAAAAAAUAGUUAUUAUAUCUAAUAUCUAAAGCUUGUUGGUGUCAUUUUCUUCAUGGGUUUUACUUGCUAUAUUUACCUUCAACUAGAGCGAACCACAUCCACGGUCGUGUUACAACCAACGGGUCACGUGUGAAAUGUCACAUACUAAAUUUAAAUUCUCUUUGUAUAAGUAAUUCAAUAUUCUCUUUGUAUAAGUAAUUCAAUAUAAGUAAUUCAAUAUAAUUCAAAAAAAAAGUAAUUCAAUAUUUUGAUUCUUAAAUAGAAUUAGCUUUAAUCUUUUAAUCCACAACUUUGAAUUUAUUAAAAUAAUUAGCACAAUACCUCUGACAUUCAAAGAUCAUAAAAAUGCUUCAUGUUAAGAAGUUCUAGAUCUGCUUCUGAACACAUCAAAUCCUGUUAAUAAUAUGGAUGGGGAAAUUUAUAGAAGCCAUUAAAAUACAAUCUUGAUGAUAUUCUAAACAAAGAAAAUGGUUGUUCAUUAAUUAGAAACCACUAAACUAUAGUCUUGGUGAUAUUUAAAACAAAAAAAAAUGUUGACAGGUUCUGCAUUUAUUUAAGAUUCGAGUCUAGUAGUUAAUCAUGGUGGUUGAAGAUAUAAAUAGCAUGUGAACUGAUUAAGCGAUUGAUUCAUAUCCGGAGAGAAGAAAAAUGGUAUGAACAUCUAAGCGUUUGCUUAAGACUUUUACUUCUUGGAUUCUAUAUAGGAUGUUAAUUAAUCAUAUUUAACACCUUCAAGUGACGAUAUUUAAUUGUUGUUGGAUUAUUUUAGAUGUAUAUAAAGAAUCCAAGAUCUCGUACGGUACGGCGUUUUUCUAGCAAUAGUCGAUGCAGAUCGUUUAUUGCCGGACCUGCUGGCCUUAGAAGUUGGGAAGUAUAAUAGUUUAAGAACUAAUUUUUUUAAUUAUUGUUGUUUCAUGAGGACAAGGCAGAAAAAAAAUAUAUUGUUUCUAUAAAUUAAUGUUUUCAAUUUAUUCACAUAUUUACAAUAAAAUAUCUUGUGAUCCAAACAUUAUAAUAUACACGAUAUAUCGAUCGAAAACUACUAUCGUCUUUUUUUUUUUUUAAAACUACUAUCGUCAAGGAUUAUUAACUAGCCAAAAAUUCUUUUAAAAAGGUGAAGCGUCCAAAUAUUUUAGUAGCUUCUGAAAAUCCCCCAAAAAUAAUAUGUUAAUAGCUAAUAGUGAUGAUAGAAUCGUUCACGCAAUAACAAAACAGCCAAUCGAGCUAAACAAUGUACGCGAAGGUGGAUCUAGCUAGAACCAAUAUAAAUGUUGUGUUUCUUUUAAUGUUGUGUUUCUUGUUUUGGUUUGAUGUUAAUACCACCACAAUAUAUAAAUACAGAUUGGUGUCAUGCUCCCACUCUAUUUAGUCUUUAACAUUCUACUUUGAAUUACAUUCUCUUCCUCACACCUAAACAACAUCAGUUAGCCAAGGAAGCAACAUGCAUGUGAUGAUGCACAGAAUCUAUUUUCUAUCUCUAUAUUUAAUAUCACUAUUGUUUCUCUGCCUUCAUCCUUUCACCAUUUCAGCCGACGAUAAUUCCACCACCGGCAUUGACAAGUGGUGCAACCAAACUCCUUAUCCUGAUCCAUGCAAAUGCUACUUCAAAAACCACAAUGGUUUCCGACUGCCGACACAGCUAUCCGAGUUCCGACUAAUGCUGGUGGAAGCAACCAUGGAUCGGGCUAUAUCCGCCCGGGACGAGCUUGCUCGGUCAAGUGGGAACUGCACUGACUACCGGAAGCAAGCCGUUUUUGCUGACUGCAUUAACUUAUAUGAAGACACGAUCGUGCAGCUAACUCGGACGCUAGCUGGCGUGGCUCCAAAAGCCGGUGCUGGAAAAAAGUGCACCGACUUUGACGCUCAGACGUGGCUGAGCACCGCACUUACAAACAUCGAGACUUGCCGACGCGGCUCUUCCGAUCUCAACGUCUCAGAUUUCAUUACACCGAUAGUUUCAAACACCAAAAUCUCCAACUUAAUAAGCAACUGCUUAGCUGUCAACGGAGCCCUCUUGCCCACCGGUAACAAUAGUACCACCACUGCUGAUGGAAAGGACUUUCCGACGUGGGUAUCCGGUAAAGAGAGGAGACUUCUACAGUUGCAAUCAGCGCGUGCUGUACGAGCUAACAUCGUGGUUGCCAAGGACGGGUCGGGUCAAGUCACGACGGUGCAAGCGGCUAUAGACGUGGCUGGACGGAGAAAGUUGAUGUCAAAGAGGUUUGUGAUAUACGUGAAGAGAGGGAUAUAUCAAGAAAACAUAAACGUACGUCUCAAUAACGAUAACAUAAUGUUGGUCGGAGAUGGAAUGAGAUCCACCAUUAUCACCGGUGGUCGAAGUGUCAAAGGUGGUUACACCACUUACAACUCCGCCACUGCGGGUAUUGAAGGACUUCACUUCAUAGCCAAAGGCCUAACAUUUCGGAACACGGCAGGACCUGCCAAGGGCCAGGCCGUGGCACUUCGGUCAUCCUCAGACCUCUCAAUCUUCUACAAAUGCUCAAUCGAAGGAUACCAAGACACAUUGAUGGUCCACUCGCAACGUCAAUUUUACCGCGAGUGCUACAUCUACGGAACCAUUGAUUUCAUAUUUGGAAAUGCAGCUGUAGUUUUUCAAAACUGUAUCAUCCUCCCUCGCCGGCCACUACAUGGUCAAUCCAAUGUCAUAACCGCGCAAGGUCGUGCUGAUCCAUUUCAGAACACAGGGAUCUCUAUCCAUAACUCAAGAAUCCUACCGGCCCCUGAUCUCAAACCGGUCCUCCGUACUGUUAAGACAUACAUGGGCCGGCCUUGGAUGAAGUACUCGCGCACUGUGGUACUCCAGACGUAUUUGGAUAGUGUUGUGAGUCCAUUCGGAUGGUCACCGUGGAUCGAAGGUUCCAUUUUCGGCUUAGACACGCUGUUCUAUGCGGAGUAUAAGAAUAGCGGACCAGCUUCCUCCACGCGGUGGCGUGUUCGUUGGAAUGGGUUUCAUGUGUUGAAAAGAGCUUCCGAUGCUUCUGCUUUCACCGUUGGAAGAUUUAUCGCUGGUCCUGCGUGGCUCCCACGCACAGGCAUACCCUUCACUCCCGGCCUUUAAGGCUAUGCAUCUCUGGUUCUUUGUUACCUUCUUCAUGCUUUAAAUUACAAUGAUAUAAAAGAGUUUACGACUGAAUAUAAUUCAUUAUGAAUGAAGUUUUAACUACGGAUGAACAAAAA